AUGCCCUCUCUGGCCUCACGUGCCCGCUCCGCGCCGUACACCAGGCUCCCACUCUCUGGCCGACUCCACUCCGCCGCGCGAGGCCUUUCUUUUGGCCCUCCCCACUCCUCUGCCCGAGCCCAUUGCUGCCUCCCCGCGUCCGCUGCGCUGUUGGCGGUGCUCAGGCGAGUGCCACUCUCCUUCCUCCUUGCCCCUUCUCUGGCGACGCCCCUCUGGCGAACGGGACCCGCUGUUGUCCCUCCUCCCUCUCUGCCUUGGCCGCUCCUGCCCGCGUAUCGCGCUGCCGCGCUCCACUGGCUGGCUCCCGCGCUGCUCCUGCGACCACUGCUCCGCCCGGCCUCUCCUCCCUGGGCGCCCGUAUGUCUCUGGAGAGCGCGGCUCAUCCUCCCACCGAUUCCCGCGCGCCUGCUGCCGCUCCAGCGAGUGCCCGCCGCCGCCACUCCAAUCUCCCUGCUCUCCUCGUCGGUCGUGCGCCCGGGAAUCCCCCCCACGCCCAUCUCCGCGCCGCGGCUCUCCUUCUGGCGCGUGGAACCGCUCCGCCCUUUCUCCGCCACGCUGCCUUUGUCUCCGCGUCUCGCGCUCCCUCUCAUCCUGGGCCAUUCGCUCCUGCUGAAGCGCGUCUUCGGCGUGCUGCUCUUCCCCGCGGCUGGCGCCUCGGCCGUGAGAUCCCUCCGCCUGGCUCGCGCCAGCGUUCUCGUCCACCUGUGCGUGUUCGGCGUGCUCGGCGUAUUCGGCGUGCUCGUCGAAGUCCGCGGCCUGGUCUUCGUCGCCAUCUCCCUCCUCGGCGCCUUCAUCCUGCAGCCUCUGGCCCUCCUCGUCCGCCUGUGCGUCUAG